CAGCUGCGAGGGUUUGGCCGUAAAUUGCAGUAGCAGCGUCAAGUAGUUUUCGAGCUCGACUGAGGCGAACGGGUACGAAAACGGCUUUCCGAGGAAGAGGAAAAAGAUGGAUGGUGUCGUCAGAAUGCAAGCGGCAAGAGCCAGCCGGGCACGGUUCCAGACAAACCUUAACCAGCAAAAUCGACCCAAGUGGAUUGCUAAGGUGCGCUGCUUUCCUGUCCACUCUUUCGCUGCGCUUUUGGCUCUUAUAGCAGCUGCCUGCGUAUUGUUGUUGUUGCUGCUUCCAAAUCUGAUGGCUGUACUUCGUCGUUUUCUUUUUCCCUUUUUUUUUGUUUUUCUUAUUUUUCUAAACUCUUGUCCAAUCCUCUUUUGUUCCCGUCGGAUGCUUUUUUCUUCUUUUCUGUUUAUGGUUUUUUUUCCCUUUCCUUUAAAUCUUUUUGUUUUGAUUUUCUUCCGAACUGGUCUGGAAGGGGAAAGGAAACUUCUUCACACGAGGAUGAAACGGUCACUGCUCUUCCUUUUUUUUUUUUUUUCUUCACCUGAAGAAAAUUCCGGGAAUCAGAUCGGGCUUCUGCGACCGUGGUGUCUGGUUCAUUCAAUCGACCACCGGUCUAGACGUCACAGGUCGCGAGGCCGGAAUAGAAAAAUAUGGGAAAAUGCGCGACCAAGCCCAGAUAGGACAAUUAAUUCACGCCCCCCUCUUCCGAAAAUUUGCCAAAGUCAAAAUAGUAAUAAUAGAAGCCGGCGUUCGUAGUUCUGAAGCGAGCGAGGACUAGGUAGGUGUGGCGGGAUCGAACACCGCCCAGCGAUCAGACGGUAGCUGAACGAUGGGUCACCAAAAGUCGCCUCUGACAGGUCUGUGACGCACAAAAAAUCCACGAAAAUAAAUGAGUGGUGCCGCUGGUGUGUCAGAAUUAGGAAGUCUAGGGUAAAAAUUUACUGGAGAUCAGAGGACAGCCAGCUGAAGGGUGUACCAGACAAAUGGCCUAGUGGAGCUGUACCAGAAUAAGAGGGCAGCGCUGGCCACUGUUUGCCCGUCGAAUGGUGUCGUUCCCAGUCAGGUCAACCACGGUUGGGUACGCGGGCUAAGGUGUGUAUCAGCCUUGACGAUCCGACAGGAACCGCAGCGACAUGGAGAUGAUGCGCACAUUGGCAAGUUCCGAGAAUCGAGGGAGGGGGGGAAGCGACCAAAGUCAGAUUCACGCCGGCCACCUGCGCAAGACUCAAAG